AUGCAAACAUUCGAGUCAGCGCCCUCCGCUCGAGGCUCAAAGACCAGGCCGAGGGACGUGGGCGAGGCCAGCAAGAGCUCCCUGCAGGCGCGAAAGCGCGCGAUGGACAGGAAAGCCCAACAGGCCUUCCGAGACAAGACCAAGAACUAUAUUGCAUAUCUGGAGCAGACGGUCGAUGCCUGCUCCGCCGUGAACCAGACGACCAUGGUCGGGCAACUGCUGAAACAAAACCACGAGCUAUACGAGGCCAAAGAACGCCUGCGCAAGAUCUUGAACGAUACUCUCUUCUCGCUCCAGCUCGAGCUGGGCUCCUUCCAACCCAAUGACACCACAUCGGAUAUCAACCAGCUCUCCAAUGCUGUAUCGAUGCCACCUCCGCAGGACUGGGCCUCAGCUGGUUCCGCGAGUGCAAUCACGCCCGUGAACACCUUGGGCCACGAAGGCUACCUGACAGUCACACCACCGCCGGCGCUCAGCGCCGCAGAGACAAUCCCGGCAGAGUAUGACAUGACCUGGCAACCUCCGGUCUCCCUGUACCCGCAGCCGCAAGAAUGGCCUGUAGCCCGUAACGAGGGGACGGGAACCUCCUACUCCUCCCACGAAAGCACGGCGCCAGGACUGCCAUCAUCAGUCAAUCAAACCUUCCCGCAUCCCCUGACCAGCUUACGGUUCAACUCAUUCUUGUCCGACCCUUGUCGCCUGGAUUUCUGGCGCUGGUCGAAUUCGGUAUACGCCAAAAUCUUCGUCCUCCCUCCCAGGCAGGCAAGUCUGGCAAAAGACUUCCGAGAUGAUGUGAUUUUCAAGGCCAUCCGGCAGGGAUGGGAGGCACUGGACAUGACGAUGCAGCAGAAUCCCGUGGUCCAGAUCCUUCGGGAGUACGAUGACAUGAUAAGUGUCACUACCGACCAGGUCAAUCGAGCAGCGAUUGCGUUCAAGAACGCGGCCUUGAUCAAGUACUAUUUGGGCCGGGACAACUCGAUUCUGGAACAAGUUCCAGCUUGGCUCCGUCCAAGCCCUGUCCAGCGUGAGAAGCGACAUCCGAUUCUCGUCGACUUCUUCCCGUGGCCCAGUCUCCGGGAACGGUUCGUUCGAGGCUACGGCGGCAUCGGCGAACACAAGUUUUCCAUCGCGCUCCUAAUACACUUUAAGUUUCAAUGGCCGUUUAGUUUCGAGGACACCUAUUUCUACAACAGCGUCCUGGAUACGUACAAAGCCAACCCAUUGUUCGACCAAUAUUAUCACGAUCUAAAUUGUUGGACGAUGGACUCCCGCUUCUUCUAUGAGUUCCCCGAGCUCCGCAAUGAUAUCCUCAACCCUCUUGCCGGGACUGAAUCCAGUCCCGCCGACCAGCUCCCUCGGAAUUGGGCACCGCCAGCCGCUGCACAAAGCCAAUCAUUAUCGCAUCAGGAGCUUUUGGAACGAGUCAAUUGA